AUGGAUGAUGCGAGGUGCUCUAGUGAAGAGAAUGAAAAUCCUAAUCAUAACCUUGGGUUUACUCCAUACAGAGUUCCAAUAGAAAGGCACGGUUUGGAGAGAUCUUCAGGUAUGUUCGUUUCUGCAUGGCAAGAUGAUGAUCAGGGAAUUCGAGAAGCUAAUCUUGAGUACCCGAGUGAAAGGUUUCUCAAGGAGGCUGAAAAUGGGAAUGUUGAUGUUUUGAAAAGCAUUAUCUCACAUUCAGUCAAUCUUCCUAAGGGGUGGACCCCGCUCCAUUCGGCCGCCAACUGGGGUAACUAUGAAGUCAUUGGACGACUCAUAACAUAUGGCGUCGAUGCGAAUGCACGUUCUGCCGGAAAUGUCACGGUAACUUUGCUAUAUAUAUUUCUGACCUCAUCACGACCACUUCAUCUAGCAAUAAGUAGCCAAUGUGACAACAGCGAAAACGUUCUACACUGUGUUCGGUACCUGCUGCAAGCCCCUGGUGAGUAA